CAAGCGCACGCCACUUACCUAUCGCCUUUCGUCAUAUCAGUCGCGCGUUUGAAGCCGCACCGAGCGGACGCGUCGUUCCAAAUUCGAAAAUAAAUCGCGAGUGAUAACCGCGCGUGGAUAAUUAAAAAUAUUUUUUGUUAAAUAUUAUCUGGAUUUGCAACCGCACGCCGGAGUUUUUGGAACUAAACUUGUCAUCCCUAUGACGUGGGCCGCACCGACACAUUGACAGCUGAACACACACACAUACAAACAUGUCGUCUAAAGCUAUAUACGAGGCGACCGGCAAGGACCUUAUUAAUAGGCACAUAGCUCCUGGCACAGCGCUGGUGCCGUGCCGCUUCGCCACCUUCGAACAGGGCACCGUCUGGGAGGACGAGCUCGGCAAGAACCCAUGGCUCGCCAAGGAGCAACUAGUAGUGAAACCCGACCAGCUGAUCAAGCGUCGCGGCAAGCUCGGCCUAGUAGGAGUCAACAAGACCGCAGCCGAAGUGAGGCGAUGGCUGAGCGAGCAUGUCGGCAAGGAACAGCAAGUUGGCGCCGCCACGGGGAAGCUGCGCCACUUCAUCGUCGAGCCUUUCGUUAAGCACGAUGCUAGCGAAGAGAUGUACCUGAACAUAAUGUCUGGGCGGCGAUCAGACACGAUCCUGUUCCACCAUCAGGGAGGAGUGGACGUCGGCGAUGUCGACGCGCUCGCUCUCAGGCUCGAGGUGCCAGUAGAUACCUUCCCGACUGGUGAAGAUAUCGAGAGAGUGCUGCUCAAAAAUAUCAAAUCUUCUGCAAUGAAAAGAUUGCUAACAACAUUCAUCCUAGCUCUCUACCGGGUCUACGUAGACCUAUAUUUCACGUACAUGGAAAUCAACCCCAUAGUUGUGACAAACGAGCGUAUAUACCUUCUGGACUUGGCGGCCAAGCUUGACCAGACUGCUGACUUCAUCUGCGCCAAGAACUGGGGGGAGGUGACUUUCCCCCCUCCUUUUGGAAGGGAUGCCUACCCUGAGGAAGCCCAUAUUGCUGAUUUGGAUGCUAAGAGUGGGGCUAGUCUUAAGUUGACAGUACUAAACAAAUCGGGCCGCAUUUGGACGAUGGUGGCCGGGGGCGGCGCCUCCGUGGUGUACACCGACACGAUCUGCGAGCUGGGCGGCGCCGCCGAGCUCGCCAACUACGGCGAGUACUCCGGAGCCCCCACCGAGAGCCAGACCGCUGACUACGCCAAGACCAUCUUCAGCCUCAUGUGCAGGGAGAAACAUCCCAACGGCAAGGUGCUAAUCAUCGGCGGUGGCAUAGCUAACUUCACGAACGUCGCCGACACAUUCCGCGGCAUCAUCACCGCCAUUGAGACGUAUAAGGACGCUCUCAUACAGUACAACAUUACCAUCUUCGUGAGGAGGGGAGGACCGAACUACCAGGAGGGACUCAGACAAAUGCGCGAAGUAGGGCACCGUCUCCGCAUCCCACUCUACGUGUUCGGGCCCGAGUCCAACAUGACGGCCAUUGUGGGCCUGGCGCUAGGCCAGUCGCCCAUCCCCAAGGAGCAUCAGUUGGACUACGCGCCUAAACAGCUGCCGAAGCCUCAGGCCGCGCCAAAACCCAAGCUGGACAUUCCAGAAUUGACCCACAAACUGCUAGACCUGGUCUGCUCUCAAGCCCCAACCAGACAGGACCUCGGCCAGAGUGUGACGACCGUCAUGUCACUGUUCUCUGACCGCACCAAGGCCAUCAUAUGGGGCAUGCAGAACCGGGCCAUACAGGGCAUGUUAGACUUCGACUAUAUUUGCCGUCGCGCGGAGCCGUCUGUAGUGGCCAUCGUGUACCCGUUCACGGCUGAUCAUAAGCAGAAGUACUAUUUCGGCAAUAAGGAGGUGUUUAUACCAGUGUUCUCUGACAUGGACGUAGCUAUGCGCAAACACCAAGAGGCGACCGUGCUCGUCAACUUCGCGUCUUUGAGAUCAGCUUACGACAGCACUAUGCAGGCGAUGCAGCAUCCUCAGAUCAACACAAUAGUGAUCAUCGCUGAGGGUAUCCCGGAGAACAUGACCAGAAAGAUCAUCAAGUUGGCUGAUACUAGAGGCGUGAAUAUAAUCGGUCCAGCCACAGUGGGCGGUAUCAAACCGGGCUGCUUCAAGAUCGGCAACACAGCCGGCAUGAUCGACAAUAUCGUUGACAGCAAGCUCUACAGACCCGGCAGUGUGGCCUACGUAUCUCGCUCAGGCGGUAUGAGUAACGAGCUGAACAACAUUAUAUCUAAGGACGCGGACGGCGUCUGUGAGGGCGUCGCUAUCGGAGGCGACAGAUAUCCGGGGACUACGUUUAUUGAUCAUCUGUUGAGAUACGAAGCCGACCCCAACGUGAAGAUGCUAGUACUACUAGGUGAGGUCGGCGGCGUUGAAGAGUACCACGUGUGCAGAGCUAUCAAGGACGGAAAGAUCAAGAAGCCGAUAGUCGCCUGGUGUAUUGGUACUUGCUCUGACAUGUUCACAUCAGAAGUACAGUUCGGUCACGCGGGUUCUCUCGCCGGCUCGGCCAUGGAGAAGGCAGUCGCCAAGAACGCCGCACUCAGAGCGUACGGCGCUGAAGUACCCGACUCCUUCGAUACGCUCGGCGUGUCUGUUAACAAGGUUUACCAGAAGCUGGUGAAAGAAGGCAAGAUCAUUGUAAAGGAAGAGGUGGACCCACCCAAAGUACCCAUGGACUACGACUGGGCGAGAAAACUAGGCAUCAUCAGGAAGCCAGCAGCCUUCAUCAGCACGAUCUGCGACGAGCGAGGCAACGAACUGUCCUACUGCGGCGUCCCCAUCAGCCAGGUGUUAGAGAGACAGCUGGGAGUCGGCGGCACCAUCAGCCUGCUGUGGUUCCAACGCGAGCUCCCAGAAUGGGCGUCCAAGUUCUUCGAGCUGGUCCUCAUAGUGACAGCUGACCACGGUCCCGCGGUGUCCGGGGCUCAUAACACCAUGGUCACCGCCCGUGCGGGCAAGGACCUCAUCUCUUCAGUCGUCAGCGGGCUGCUGACCAUCGGUGAUCGUUUCGGUGGAGCGUUAGACCGCGCGGCGCUAGACUUCUGCGCGGCGUACGACCGCGGCCAGCAUCCGCAGGAGUUCGUCAACGAGAAGAGAGCUAAGGGUGAACUUAUUAUGGGUAUUGGACACAGAGUAAAAUCAAUCAACAACCCGGACUCCCGAGUACGCGAACUAAAGGCGUACGUCACAGCUCGCUGGCCGGCGUGGCCCGUAACGCGGUACGCGCUGGACGUGGAGGCCAUCACCACGCGCAAGAAGCCCAACCUCAUCCUCAACGUGGACGGCAUCGUCGCCGCCGCUAUGGUCGACAUGUUCCGCCACUGUCAGCUCUUUACGCAGGAAGAAGGCAACAACUACAUAGCUAUGGGCUCUAUAAACGCGCUAUUCGUGCUCGGCCGUACCAUCGGCCUUGUAGGCCACUACCUCGACCAGAAGCGCAUGAAACAGCCCCUGUACCGCCACCCUUGGGACGAUAUCACCUACAUGUCACCGCUUAACUAAACCAUUUGAGCGUUCCCUGGACUGGACAGUGAGAAUUUCAGCGUUCAUUAUACUGGACAUUGAGAAUUUCAGCGUUCACUAUACUGGACAUUGAGAAUUUCAGCGUUCUUUAGAGUGGACACUGAUAAUUUCAGCGUUCAUUGGACUGGGCACUGAGAAUUUCAGCGUUUUUUAGAUUGGACAUUGAGAAUUUCAGCGUUUUUUAGAUUGGACACUGAGAAUUUCAGCGUUCAUCGGACUGGACACAGAAUUUUAGUGUUCAUUAGACUGGACUCUAAUUUCAGUGUUCACCGGACUGGACACUGAGAAUUUUGCCUCAAACUUCCAUAUUCUUUUGCGAUAAAAAUAGCCUUUCCUAUAAGCCUAUAUUUUCGAUUAGAAAUUGUAUGAAUCGUUUAUAUGAAUCUUCAAUCUCCAAUCGAAAAACAAUAGAUGGUUCGGUUAUUGCAAUCCGCAAAAGGUUGAAAUGUCACAAUUAUAUUCGGCUACAUACAAAAAAAAAGUCCGAAAUUUUUCAAAAUACAGUAUACCAGUCCAGUUCAGGGUUGAAAAAACAUUAAAAUUAUAAAUAUUAUAAAUAAAUAAUGUAGUGGGAUUGUAAGUAAAAAUGUUAAUAAAAGAUCCGACGCCUUCAUUCCAUUCGUGGGCGUGGCCAAAAUGGAGUUUUUUUCGACCAUUUUCAAAAUUAACCAUAGGUAAAAAAAAAAAACUUGCGUAAAAAUACAUCUUUUGGACAUUAAGAACUUAGUCACUUUAUUGUCUCGAAAUUAUCGUGCUUUUUUAUCUGUGGUUAAUUUAUGGUCAUAGAAUAAAGUGUCUAUGGUGACUCGAUUUCGUCUGCGCCCGCGCAUAUCAUUUAUUUAUUUUUAUAUUCAGGGUUUCUAAGAGCGCUUGAGAAUUGAAAAAAAGUCCUAAUAGAAAAAUAAAAAUGGUUGAUUGAAUUUUUACUAAUUAAUUGUAAUUGUUUAUUUUUAGUAUUUAAAUUGAGUAAAUAUAUGUAUGAUUAAAUAAAUGGACUUUGGGAUGGAAAUCGCGUUUUUUUCACGUGAUUUUUUUUAUAUUUUCUCGAGUGCUCGAAUCUAUAUUUAAGUACCUACUAUAGAUCUGUUGUUGAACUGAUAAUAGAAUUGUUUUAGAGUAAUUUAAAGUUUAUUUGACGAAUAAAGCACUUUAAAACUACUUCAAAGAUUUUUUACUAAAAAAAAAACUAUUUCCCGCAUCCGGUUAAAUUUUGAAACUGGUCUGUAGUUGCGAGUGCUUUGAAAAUAUUGAUAUAAAUGGGGAUGUGAAUAAUUUCUAAUUUUAAAGUUAAAAAAUUGUACUACCCUACUCAAUUUUUGUGACUUUGUGCGCCUGAAUCAAAAUAUAUGCUGUCUAGACUGCAACGAAUAUAUAUUUUUAGCGAAAUAUAUGUUAUAUAAAAUAUACACAAAAAAUUAGGCCUAAAAAGCUUUGUAUUUUUCAAAAAAAAUCGCCAAUUUUGAUGAUACAGGGUGAGGCGAAAAACGAUAUAUUUAGCCCCCAUCCUGUGGAUGCCUUUAAAAGAAAUAUCAUAUAAGAAUAAGCUUGCUUUUCAUGUCAAAAAAAUGCUUAAAAAUAUAUUUUAUAUAGCAACGAAAAAAUCUUAUAUAAUAUAUGUAUGUAUUUAUAAAUAAAUAGGUAACGCGGUUGUAAGUACAUGUAAGUGUUGAAUUUUUAAGAAAAAUGUUGAAAAAGUUUAAAUCGAACAAAAAUAUAUUUUUGCACUUAUAGAUAGAUAUUGUGUGGUAUUUAUUUAUCAAAGAUUUGUACAUUUCCAACUUAAAAACUGCUUAACCAAUUGCUAUGAUCAUAAAUGAAUUUAUUUUCGCCAAAAAAAGGCAAAAUUAAAAUUAAAACAAGCCAAAAAAAUAUUUUUUUUUUUCUGAAAUAAAUUUCUUAUUCUAAUAAAUAAAUACCACACAGAUUUACCUAUCUCCUAGACUAUGCACUGGACCAUUAUAAAAAUAUAAUAAUUGUUUAAAUGUGGUAAUUCUUAUAUACUUAGAAUAUUAGUAUAGGCAAGAUGAUACGAAAAAAAAAACAAAAAAAUCUCAACUCUUGGUUAAAAUGGUUCACGCCGAAUUCAAUGGCGUAUCGCAACCAACUUCAGAGCUGAUGUCACUCGCUGUAAGCUAUGCAUUAUACUUGUAAGUUUCGCUCACGUAAGUAACUUACGAUAAAUUUACAAACCCCUUCGUAAGUCGCUUACAGUAGAAUCAUCGGCAUGAAUCUUGAGCGCUGACCUUCACCUGCACAGAAGUGAUUUAUUAGCAAAGAACCAAUCCCGAGUGACGGCUAUGACGCGAUGCACUGCGGGCUAAUCACCGCUUCAGCCCGCCCCCGCGGCUCACUUCAUACCACAAAAGGCACCCAAUAAAUUACUUCUGCGUAGGUGAAGGUCAGUGCUCAAGAUUCGUGCCGAUGAUUAUAAUGUCUUGGAACUUUCUGCAACUUACGGAAGAUACUAACGUACUUUUUAAAGUCAGGAUAAAAAUGGUUACGAGCCGCCAUAAUGUUUGACGAGAACUAAACUUUCUUUUGUUUAUUUGUUCUCGUAAUAUCUUGUCUAGUAAAAUACUGCACUGUUGUAUUAGGUUUGUCACAAAAAUGUCUAGACUUUCACGUGUCUAUGUGUAAAGAAAUAGUUUUAAAAAAUAUCAAAUUCUAUAGCUUAUGUUAGGAGAAUUAAAUAAAAUAAAACGUUCAUUUUACUAUGGGAGUUAAUUAUUUAGUAAUUUACUUUACAAUGCUAAAGAAAAUUACUUUUUUUAUCGUAAUUUUAUUUCAACUGAUUUUCCAAUCCGACUUUUGACAUAAUCUGUAAUAGACAAAUUAAACUGUUUUUAAACAAUAGCAUUUAUUCAUUUGAAAUAUAGUAAAAAUACAUUACACCAAACUUGAUGGCGUUUCGCAGCUAACUUCGUAGCGUGUAGCCUAUAUUUCUAUCGAAUCUUGGUUAUAAAACAAAAAUAGUACAUGAUUAUGAUCAUAAUUGACGAAAAAUGGACGCCUUGUAUCCGCGAGCGUGGUUUAAAAUAAUAUAAUUUAUUGGUGUAAUUGUGAAAUGGUUGGUAUAUGUAAAUAUUUGUUUGUCAACUAAUUUGUCAUUAUAUUUUUUUAUUUACUGUA